AUGGCGUACCAUCGAAAUAUUGACAGUCCCCUUUUUGUCAGACAAAGCUCACCACUCAGCUAUGGAUAUCAAUCCAGACCCUGGAAUGAAAAAGUAGCAGGGCCACAGCGGGCAUUGUCUCAUCCCGCCAUACGACUGCAUCAAGGCCGUGCGGAUCGGUCAUCCUCGGAACCGCUGCCAUCAAAGGGACCAGAACCUACUUUCAGUUUUCAGUUAGCCCUACCUCGGUUUUACGUGCCAUACAGAUGGUGGGAAGACGGGGCUUCAAUGAUACUUUGGGCAUUUGACCACCAGGAUAUCAAACGCCUUCUUCGGUUUCGUUUAUAUGAGAAUGACGAGCUUCCUCGUUAUGUACUACAAAACCGCAACGCAGAUGUCGUUUCCGGAUUUCUUGCGUCUUUACUCCCUGCUGAACAAGGGAUAUUUGACCUAGAGUUAUCUCAUCAUGACAAGGUUGAAGAGAUAUUGGAUCUAUGCCAGCUAAGGAACCCGCCUGUUGAACCAUGGAGAUGGCAUCCAAACUAUUCAUAUAACGCUGAACCAAGGAGUAUUGCUUCUUAUAUCGAUGCCGAAAGUUCGCGGCAGUUCCAAGCAGUGCCUUUUGAGGACUGGAUUCGUUAUGCCUUGGGGUAUCCUACUGAGUCUAUUCAAUGGUUCUUCUCCCAACACAAACAGCUUCAUGAUAUAGUCUCAGCGCACCUCGACCUGUUUACUGGGGAGUUCGAUACCUAUGUUGAAGUUGAGAGACACCUUCGAGGUGGCUCCCCGUUUGCACAAUACGUCUUGUUGCAGUGCCUUAGUGUUAGGGGAUUACUAAAUAGUGAAGUCCCCGAUCAAUCCAAUCAAUGGGUCGUAGGGUUUAUCAUUCGCCCUAUCCAGGAAUUAUUCAAGGCCCAUUUAACCGGACUGCCCUCUAUGCUGAAAAAGCUCUCUGUGCUCGCCCUCAGCUUUGAACGUAAAUACCGUACCUCUGUCGAAAUCGAUUGGAGCGCUCCAUUUGAAGCAAACCCAGCUUACCUGAAUGACUUCUUUUCCUUUAGAGAGGUCGAGCCUUUGGCAAGAAAACUUACACAUAUUGAUACAAGGGAGUUCUCCCCCCUUUCAGUACAAAGCUUCGUGGAAGAUACUGUCACAUUACGAUCCCUGUCGGGUAGAUGGCAUCUACUUUGCUCUUCUACCGAGGAAUGCUGCCUGGCGCUUCCAGAAAUGGCUAUAUUCUUCAAAAAUUGCAUUCGUGUUUUACACAGAUUGAGGAAUUACUACUCGGCCACAGCCAUACUUUAUGGUCUUCAGAAAGCAAACAUGAACGUCUUUGACCCAUUUUUGGAGCUGGGGCAUGAGCCCGAACAAUCUCAUCAUGAGUUCUCCACUCAUUACUUUGAGCUAAUGGAUUCGACUGGUAACUACGCCUUGUACAGAGAAACUAUGCGAACGCAGCCCGGAAUCCCUUUCCUACUCCCGCAUAUUGUGGAAUACCAAUCAAAUGGGGAAGAUGCAAUUGCUACCAUGUUCCCUCUUUGCAUACAUUGA